AUGAGUAUUAAUAAUAAUACAAUACAAAAUUCGAUUCAUGAAUUGGAAAGUCAUUUAUUUCAUGAUAAUAUAUUUAAUGAAAAUGAAUCUCAUCCAUUAUUACUUCUUCAUAGUCAAUUACAAGAAAUUGAUAUUGAACCACAAUUAACAACAAUUGAUGAAAAACGUCAAAUUAUAUCUUUACUGAAUUAUUUUCAAAUAAAUUAUUUAUAUAAUUUUCUUGAUAAAUAUUUUUCAAAUAUUCCAUUAUCGAUUUUAAAAGCUUUAUUUGAUAUAAUUCGUUUUCAAAUGAACAUUAAUAUGAAUAUUGAUCAAUCCGUUACGGAUUAUUAUUUUGAUUUAUCAUUAACAUAUUUAACAGGUAAUUCAACAAUUGAUUAUCUUAACAGUAAAAAAGAAACAAAUACAAAUAUUGAUGAAUUAUUUCUUAAUCUAUUUUCUUCUAUUGGUUCACGUUCUGUUUAUAUUAAAACAAAUCUUUCUUAUUCAAUAUGUGUUUCACAUAAGAAUAUACCAACAUUUUUUCAAUUAAAUUCUUCAACUGAACAUUUAUUACAAUCAUUCAUAGUUUAUUUAAAUAAUUUAUUUUUUAAUAAUUGUCAACAAUAUCAAAGUCAUAAUUCAAUUUUAAAAUGGCUUUUAACUAUGACAAAUAUCUAUGGAUUUGUUCCUUAUUUUGUUAAAACAAAUUAUCCAAAUACUGUCUUACAAUGGAUGAUGAUUAAACGUGAUCAAGCAGAACAUAUAUGUAUUAAUUUAUGGUUUUUUAUUAUUAAUUUAUUACAUAAUUUAGCUCGUCAUCGAAUGGGUGGUAAAGCUUUAAAUAAAUUAAAAGCUAUUGAUAUUUUAAAACAAUGGAAAGAUCAAUAUAUAUCAGAAUUAUUAUUAAAACAAAAUAAUGAAAAUGAUAAAGAUAUUCUUAUUGCAUAUUAUCUUGUCUAUGCAAUAUUAUUAGAACCAAAAGAAUUAAAAAAAGAAAAUAUAUCGAAUAUUCAAACUGUUCUUGAUUAUAUUCUUGAACGAACAGUACAAGCUUUCAAUUCUUCUGAAUUAUGUUUUGGUCCAUAUAAUAUUUGUGAAUAUUUAAAUGGACUUGCUAAAUUUGUUGUUAAUGAUAAAUUUCUUAUCUAUAUUAUGUCUCGUGAUAAUAUAUUUAAUUUAUUUAUUGAAAAAUUUCUUUUAUUUAAUAAUAUUUAUCAAUCAACAGAUUUAAAUACAAUUAUUUGUUCAUCACUUUAUACUAUUUUUUGGUCAAUUAGUUUUCAAGCUGAAUAUCAUGCAAAAUUAAAAUCGAUUGAAAAUUUUAUUCAAUAUGUUGAACAAAUAUCAAAACUUGAAUCUAUUGAUGAACAUGCUGUUAUGAUGAAACGAGCAGCUAAAGGAAUACUUUUUAAUCUUGAUCUUAUAGAGAUGGAUGUACAACCGAUUGAAGAAAAUAUAAAUGUUAUUGGAAAUAAUCAAAUAAAACUCAUGAUUUCUUAUGCACAUAAAGAUGCAACAUUUUGUCAAAAACUUGUAACAAGUCUUCAAGAACGUUUUCAAGGUGAAAUUUGGGUAGAUUUUAAUAAAUUAUCAGCACCAUAUGAAGAUGAUUGGGAAGAAAUUGCUAAAGCAAUAACACAAUGUAAUGUUAUUCUAAUGAUUGUAACAGAAAAUUAUUGUAGUUCAAAAAGUUGUCGAAGAGAAGUUAUACAUGCUGAUAAACGUAACAAACGAAUGAUACCAAUUUAUUUAGGAAAAGAUUAUAAACCAGAAGAUUGGUUUGAAAUUCGUGUUGGUUCUGCAGCAUGGGUUCGUUUUGGAGAUAAAAGAAAUCAUGAUGAAGUUAUGGAGAUUUUAUUUAAAUUAAUUAAUGCUCAAGAUAAAAUUAAACAAAAUAAUAAUGAUAAUACUUUCAUUCAAAAACUACAAACAAAUGCAUUCAUAGCUAAUAAUAAUAAUCAAACUACUCAAAUACCAUUGUCUAUAGAUUCUAAUCCAGUUGAAACAGUAACUUCUUCUGAUAGUAUACCAUUAUCAUCCAAUUCUAAUACAUUAAAUAAUGUUACACCAACUAAUCCAAUUGAGCAAUGGACAUGUGAAGAAGUACAACAAUGGCUUCGUUUACCACCUUCAGUUCUUCAAUUAUCAUCUGGUCAGGCGUUAUCAGUCUAUAUGAAUUUAUUAUUACAUGAAGAUGCACAAUAUGAUGAAUAUGAACAUCGAAUGCGUCAUCAUGGUGUUACUCGAGAACAAUUUGCUAAUUUAAUAUCAUCAUAUUUAUGUAUUCAUUCCAACGAAUCCAUUCUGACUGAAUUACCUGAUCAAUGGACUCAAAAAGAAAUCAAAUUUUGGUUUCAACAAAAUCAUUUAUCUAAUUAUCUAUUAAAUAUAUUGAAUCUUAUGAAUGGUUCUCAACUUAUUACAUAUGCAGAACUACUCAUUAAUUCACCAUCACGUAUUGAUAAUGAAUUUAUUCGAUUACAAAAUCAAAUUGAAAAUGAUCUUUUUCAUCUUGAUGAAUAUGCUCGAUUUUUAAGUGGUUUAAAAAAACUUGUUAAACAAUCAAAAUUGUAA